AUGGACGAAAUUGAAACCAAAAGUGAAAUUAAACCACCAGUGACGGAUUCGAAAGCGGAAAACUUGUUAACUGCUGAAAUUGCUUCUGACUCUGCUCCCGUUGGUGAAACUGAAUUAGGUACAGGUGCACCUGUCGAAGAGUCGCUUAUUGACGAACUGACAGAGAAGAAAUAUCGAAUAUGGAAGAAGAAUGCGCCAUUUCUUUAUGAUUACUUGUCAACAAAUUCCCUUCUUUGGCCAUCCCUCACGAUUCAAUUCUUCCCUGAUAUCACUCAUAAAUCGUCGGUAAUUAAUUAUGAACAAAAUGAGAACCCAAAUGACGAAAAAAAUGAUGAAACUUCAGAGUCUGAUGUGAUCUUACAACGUCUAUUACAUGGAACAUUCACUAUGGGCCAAUCUCCAGUAGAUUCCAUUUCAAUCCUUCAAGUUCCUACAUACACCAACCUCAAUAAGAAAAUUGUCAUUAACAAACUUGAUUACAAUCAAGAGAAGGAGGAGUUUGAGCUCAACUUAAGUCAGUCCUCUUCAUCAAAUAUGAAACCCAAAGUCUUGCAAAAAAUUAACCAGUACGGAGACGUCAACAAACUCAAGUACAUGCCACAAAAACCAAACGUCAUUGCGAGUGCCAACAAUUAUGGUGACUUGAUCAUAUUUGAACGUACGCGACACAAAAGUUUUCAAAAACUGAUUGUUGAUGAUACCCAGGUAAAUAAGGUGCAAAUACGAUUGGUUAAUGAUCAAGUACCGACUGAGCAAAAAGUAGAGAUUUACGCAAUGGACUGGAACAAGAACAUGGAAGGUUUACUUGUGUCGGCAAAUAUGAAUGGAAUCAUUAACUUGCAUGAUGUCACCAAAUAUAAUAAGCUGAGCAACUCUCUUAAACAGGAACGAUAUUGGCAGCACGGUAGUGGUGUCAAUGAUAUUGAGUGGGUCCCCACGCAUGAUUCAUUAUUUGGAGUUACCGAUGAAGCGGGAAAUUUGAGUAUUUACGAUACAAGAGAACUGCUGCAGAAACCAAAAAUACAGGCCUCGUUUGGUACUAGUCUUAAUUCUAUUUCUAUUAAUCCAAAUUUUCCAUCGAUAAUAGCUGUUGGUGAUUCAAAGGGGGUGAUUCAUAUAAGAAAUCUUCAAAAUUUGAACGAACCAUUGUAUGAGUUAAAAGAUGUGCAUCAAGGUGCAAUAACACAGUUGAAAUGGCACCCGAAAUUUGCCCAAGUGCUUGCUUCUUCUUCUACUGAUAGCCUGGUGAAGAUCCACGAUUUGUCAAUUUUAGAAAAUGGAAAAGGUUUAGAUACAAGUGUUGAACUGAAUGUUGAUACCAACCACAAAAGGUCAGCAACAAUAUUUCAGCAUUUGGGUCACAUGCUUGGUGUGAAUGAUUUUGAUUGGUCAUUUGCAGAUGAUUGGAUGAUUGCUAGUGUGGCUGAUGAUAACUCUCUACAUAUUUGGAAGCCACCUUUGCAAGUAGUUGAAUCUGUAAAUCCUUAA